AAAAGCCAAUUCCAGAGGGAAUUAUUAACAGUUUGACUAGUGAUUAGAGGUGACUUUAAUUGUGGCGACUCCCUUGGCUGGCUGCUGUUAGUACAGUGCAGUGAACUUGCGACCAGAAUGAAUCUGGUUACGGUGGUAGUGGUGCUGGUUAGUGCCCUGUGCGUGGUGGCCCAGAACGACGGAAAGUAUCGACCUCCGGUUACCACGACUACGGCGAGGCCAUUUACAACCAGAUAUAGGCCGUAUCGUCCGUACGAUCCGUUCAACCAGUAUCGGAACGCCAACCAGGGAAGAUACGUUGCUCGGGCUGAUGGGAGAUACUCGGGGGCUAGUGAUGGACGUUAUGUCCCACGGAACGACGGAAAAUAUGUGCACGUUGACGGUCCAUCGGGAGCUGGUGCCGGAAAGUAUACGCAUAUCGAGGGUCCAUCUGGAGCGGGACCUGGAAAAUACAGCCAUUUGGAUGGACCCUCUGGAUCUGGGUCUGGUAACCGAGGAUCUGGCGCCAGUAACCAAGGAUCUGGGGCCGGAGCACCGGCUACUUCCGCACCAACAGCUCCUCCGACUUUUGUUCCAACCACUCCGAUUCCAGUUCUUGCCCAGCGGGCUCAGGUGAGAACCGCUCCUCCCAAACCAUAUGAUGCUGAUGGAUGGAAAAUCAUCCGAUUAGAGCACAAUGUUCGCAAAGAUGGCUACCAAUACAUCUUCGAGACCCAAAACGGUAUCAACGCAGAAGAGUCCGGCCGAAUCGAACCCGACGGCAACGGUUCCGAGGGACUGCGUUCGACCGGGUUCUACGAGUACGUCGGUGACGAUGGCCAACUGUACCGCGUGGAUUACGUCGCAGACUCCAACGGUUUCAUACCGCAGGGCGAUCACAUCCCCAAGGUUCCACCGGCGAUCGAGAAGCUGCUGGCCUAUCUGGCAAGUCAGCCCAAAUGAACGUAGCCGAGCUUUUAAAACUCUCCCCAUUCGAACAACUGUACGGCAGUAUCCACCGCACCUUCUUUUCGAAGAGUCUGAGCUUUUCCUCCCUCCGAAUAUAACAGUUGAAAGCUUA